UCAAAGUCCUCUUGUGGGCCUCAGACAACCGUCAGUCCAUCGGAACUGUGGGGCCGACUGCCACCUGCCUUUUCUUUGGCUCUCCAGCUGUGUCUCUGUGGUCUGCUGAUCUCUACAAUGAGGUCAGUCAGAAUGAGAUGACUAUGGAUCCCAUGUCCCACCGGCAAAGAUGGACAUACCAGGUUAUUAUCCACAGCUGACCCAGCCUGUUAUCCAACACCCUGGUAACUACCCAGAGGAUCUGGAGGGACCAUCAACAUCUCAGGAGCAAAACCCAGAGGAGGACAGCAGGGCAGAGUAUGAGGAAAGCUGUCCUAUUUGUGGAGACAAAGUUUCUGGAUACCACUAUGGACUCCUCACCUGUGAGAGUUGCAAGGGCUUCUUUAAACGCUCGGUGCAGAAUAACAAGCAUUACACCUGUGCGGAGCAACAAAGCUGCCCCAUGAACCUCGCCCAGAGAAAACGUUGUCCUUUCUGCCGGUUCCAGAAGUGUUUGGCUGUAGGCAUGAAGACAGAAGCUGUGAGAGCAGAUCGCAUGAGGGGUGGCAGGAAUAAAUUUGGGCCUCUGUACCGGCGGGACAGGCAGAUGAAACAGCAAAAGUCUAACACCGCUGACUACAGAGUUAAAAACGAAACUACUCAAGCACAUUGUUCACCAACCUAUCCUCACUUCAGCAACAGUCACACCGGAGAACCGUCGCCUUCUGAUGCCUUUCAGCUCUCCCACAUGUAUGCAUCCGGUAUGGGGCAGUCGGGUGAACACGGGCCUCUGGACUGCUCAGUAAACAACCCCAGGAUGCUGAGCCCUCCAUGUGUGCCAUACCCUCAACUCUACUGUGCCUUUCCUGGAAACCUCCACGAGAAAGGAGAAACAUCUUUUAGCUGCAGCCCAGUUCCAACACACUAUCCGGUGCAUUCGGCCCCGAAUACCUCAUUCACACUAGGAAGCACACUGGCAUCGUCCCCCUGUUGUGCACGGGGCUCAGCAUCCACGCUCCCCCAGGCCCUCGCCCAUGCGUCUCCACCAGCAGCUCACCCGCCCAACUUCCUGAACCAGCUCAUGGAGGGCGAGCGGGACGAGGGCCAAACCUGUGCCAAAGUCCUGGCCUGUCUGCAGCGAGAGCAGGCCAAUCGAGGAAAACACGACCGCCUGAACACUUUCAGCAUCAUGUGUAAAAUGGCUGACCAGACCUUGUUUGGGCUCGUGGAGUGGGCCAGAAACAGCAGUCUCUUCCAAGAGCUUAAGGUGGAAGACCAGAUGGUGCUUCUGCAGAGCUGCUGGAGUGAGCUGCUGGUCCUCGAUCACCUUUGUAGACAAGUUACUUAUGGCAAAGAAAGCUGCAUAUACCUGGUCACAGGGCAACAGAUUGAAGUUUCCACCAUUAUUUCCCAAGCCGGAGCAACACUGACCAGCUUGGUUUCAAGGACUCAGGAUCUUGUAUCAAAACUUAAGGCACUCCAGUUUGACAGACACGAGUUCGUCUGCCUUAAAUAUCUUGUGCUAUUCAAUCCAGAUGUCAAGUCAGUGCACAACCGCAGGCAAGUGGAGCGGACUCAAGAGAGGGUCAACAGAGCCCUCAUGGAACACACCCAACAAAGUCAUCCAGGACACUCAGACAAGUUUGGCCAGCUACUUCUCAGGCUGCCAGAGGUACGCAGCAUUAGCUUGCAGGUUGAGGACUAUUUGUACCAGCGCCACCUUCUCGGAGAUUUGCCCUGCAACUCUUUACUUGCGGAGAUGCUACACGCCAAGCACAACUGAGGGGAGGAUGCAAUGCCGCGGUGGAGUGCUCUCAACUUGCUGCUGUGAAUCUUUGUUCAGCCAGAGAUCAAGAACAUCUGUGAUGGAGUAAUAUAUGCUUCACUUGUGCCACUUCAAAGUUUCUAUCAACAGUAUUACCAUAUCCAAUUCUUCCAGAUUUGGGCAAGCAAAAUCAUGAAUUUUGCACAAUCAGAAAAAAGUUCCCUGUUCAACAAAAGAAGUCAAAUAUAAGGGGGAAAAAAGUCAAAUGUGCCAUUGAAUAAAGUUAUGUAGUUUCAUCAUGUGUGUUUCAUGUAAAAUACACUCAGGAGCAUAAAACAACUAAAUCAGAUCCAAUGUGUUGCAAAAUAAUCUCUUUUCAGAUUAUUUGUCUGCCAGAAAGCAUCGGACACAAGUAUUGUAUGAAUAAGAAAAUAUAUUUAUGAUGAAAAAAAGAAAGAAAGAAACAUGGGUAUGAAAAAACAAUGUGGAUAAUUUAAAAAUGAUUUUAUUUUCUGGUCCAGUUACCGAGGAAAGUCAGUUUUGUUUUUAUUUUUAA